UUCUGUUAUUGAGAAGUACCUGUGAAGCAAUAUAAACUUUUCGGCUUGCUUGCCAAAAAUAUGGCCACGAAUAAUUUAGCGGAACAAUCGCAACAGCUAAAUGGUGACAGCAUGAGUGCAUCUCCAAAAGUGUUAGGCAUAGACCUAACGGUUCACAAACGGCACAACAGUACGAGGGUACGAGAUGUUGAAGCUGAGACUUCCGCGAUUGGCACUGACGUAGAUCUUAGCUACCUUCUGGAGGAAAACGCUCGACAGAUGCUCAAAUAUCGGAAGAGGCCUCGCCUUGACCACGAAAAAACAGUGAAACUGAGCAAUUCCUUCUUCAAUCAAGAUUUCCCCACGAGGUUGUGGAAAAUAGUGGAUUCGGACUUGUUCAAGUCGGCCACAUGGGACAAGAAUGGCAUUUACAUGCUUCUCGAUGAGGAACGGUUCACCAAGGAGGUGUUGCAGCGAACAGGAUUCCAACCUACUCUCCCAUGUGUCACCAUGGCAGGAUUCGACCAACAACUGAUCCUCUACGGUUUUCAAAAGCUCUCCUCAGCUACCCCCACCUCAAAGUUGUCCAUGUACUACCAUCACAGCUUCAGACAGCACCAGGAGAACCUACUGAAGAAGAUCAAGGUGGUUGCAGAGUUGGAAGCGGUGGAGGAGGAUGAUGUGGAGAUAGUCAUGGUCAUCCCUGGUCCUCCCCGUCAGCCCGACCCUCCUGUUACUCCCAUUAGCCCUCCCGUUACCAGUAAAGCUGAGACCCGGGACGGCCAGGCCGAGAAGGAUGAGAAGAAGGAGAAGGAGCAGCUCUCGCUAGCUGCCAAGGACUUGGUUGCCAAGAUCAGCUCGGCUGUUAACCAGAAUAAGACCGUUCUGCUGGUCACACCCUCCUCCUCCCACACCCCAUCCACACCCACCCCGGCUCCAGCCUCCUCCCCAGCCCCGUCCUUUACCUUGUCCUACCCCACCUCAGCCCCCUCCUGCUCCUACUCCAACCCAUCCACCCCUGCACAGGCCCUAACCCCCUAUUACACCUACUCCACCCCGGCUCCCACCACAGCCCCAGCCUCCUCCUCCCCAAACCCACCAACGGCCUCUGUGGCUGGGGCAUCUUCGCAGACCUCCAGGCCUACCACCACCCAUGAGGGACACAGCGGUAGUAGUCGAAGCAUCACUCCCAUAGGCCAUGGUUGGGUGAGGCUCAACCCCAACCCUUUCGACAGGGCACCAGGACCAGCUGGACCAGCCCCAGGUCCCCCUGUGGCCACCUCCGAUGCCUGCCCCUACCACCUAGCCCACUCUUUGGUCUUCACACCCUCCAUCAACCACCAGCUUUGUAUAGCCAAGGCCCAGUUCGAAGAGGCAAAUGAGGCCCAGGCACUCCAAGCCCACCAGUCACAAGCCCAGGCCCGAAAUGCCCACCUAGCACAAGCUCAGUCCCAUCAGGCUCAAGCCCAGCAGGUCCAAGCUCAGGCCCUAAAUGCCCACCAGGCCCAAGUCCAUCAGGCCCAAUCCCAACAGGUUCAAGCCCAGGCCCUGUAUGCCCAGAUGGCUCAGGCCCAGAUGGCAUGGAUGCAAGCAGCGAUGUAUAACCCUUGGGUCCUCCAGGCCAUGCAAAUGCAGAUGGCAGCCUAUAUGUCCUCCCCACCACACUACCUGCACCGGCCAGCAGGGGGGUUCUCAACCACUCACCACAUAAACCCAGUCUUCCCCAGUGGGAGCAGUAGCCCUGCAAGAGCAGGGUCAGAGUCGGGCCGCUACUCCCCUGAUCCGUCUUUCUCCCCGCCCAAUCUCCGAACCCCUCUAUCCCUCCAUUCCUUGAUCCACCCAUCUAAGCCAAACCUUGAGUAGGCCUAUGAGCCCCCUCUUCCCCACAUCCCUGAAAUACUUUUAGAGAAAACCUAACAUCUAGAUUAUUAAUAAACUAUUUU